UUUGUUUCGUGCAUAGAGAUUUUGAGCUAGUUCCUUUGAACGUAUGUUAUCGUGACGCUUGCAGCCCUGCGCAGAUAUGCAAGGUUUAUGUGUGAAAAAGAUUAGAGGGCCAGAGUGUUAGCAAAUUAAUUAAGAACUUAUAAUACAUAAUAAUGGCCGAAUUGGUAAAAGACUGGCUGACAGACUAUCAGCGGGCACGCCGUCAGCCAGCCGACGCCGAAGCAUUUGUCGUCGAGCAUGAAACAGAUCCCGAAAUCGCCGAAGCCAUCUUCACCAUAUUCAGCGAGAGGCAACGUAACGAGGACUUGGUCCAUGACAUUUGCCAGCAACUGUUGGCCUUCUAUCGCGCCCCGGAGGUGACUCUACACAAGUUUCCAUUGCAAUUCCUGCCCGUGCUAAUCUACACAUACCUGCAUGCCGUCUCGGCAGGCGAUAAAAAGGCAUCCAGAGGAGUGGAAACGUUGCUCAUCUGCAUUUACAAUGGCGAGGUGUCCACCGACGAUGGCGGCCAGAAGGUUGUGGCCUUUCGCAUGCCCAUAUUGGCCCAGGCGUCUGUCUAUCACGAGUUGAAGAAUCUACCCAUGACAGACCUGCGACGCUGGGAGGAGAACUGCAAUCGCGAGGUCAAAUGGGGUCCACAUUUGCGCAUUGAGUCGAUCAAUGCUCAAAACAGAAUGAGGAUCAUGACUGCUCUGCUCUUCUGCUACAACCAGCAGGUGAGCCUCACACAGAAAUCGUCGUUGCUAUAUCUGUGCCGCGUCGCCUCGCAGCUGGUCAAUCAGGGCUUCACCACCAAGUCGGGGCAUGGACAUCGCAUGAGCUAUGGCUCCGAUCCAACGACGGGCACGACAUUCCCGAAACCUUCCGCGCCGCGCAUUCCACUCUCCGCGUCCUUCCUUAUCGAGCUGGUGCAUGCGAUUUACUAUGCCAUGUUCAAUGGCUUUGGCACGGUAGCCAUUCAAACACUGGAGGAUAUACAUAAUCGCGCCAGCUACGAAAUGUUUACGGAGCUAAUUAUAGUUACAAACGCUGUGCGUAACUCGUUGCAUGCCAAUCCCUCGGGUCAGCCCAACGACGGGCCAAUGGGUCUGAGUGUGGCGUUGACGCCGGCCACGACAACCGUGACGACGUCUGUAUCCAAAUCGAUGAUAACAAACGCUUCAUUCCGAACGAAAAAGCUGCCCGAUGACAUUCCCAUACAGGCGCAAGAUCUCACAAUACCUCAGGCGCCGCAGCAGCUGGCGAGCGUUACGGAGGAGACGGAGCCGGGCGCCAAGGAAUCGCCCUCAGCCAAGGAGAGCAGCAGUGGCGGCACACGAACCUCCAUUAUCAGGCCCAGCAUGGAGGGCAUCAAAGCUCAGGCACACAAAGCGCUCGGCUUCAAGAAAUCCAAGGACAAGGAGAAGGAGAAAGAGAAGGACAAGGAACCGCCAAAACCACCGCAACGGAAAUUCGAUAAGCAUACGCAGCGGAAUUCACUGCUGCAGCUACAGUCAGACAGUGGAUUGGAUUACGACAAGAGUCCGUUGAGUGUGAGCAAGUCGAAGACCUACGAUGCCGUUGGAGAGCCCCAAUCCACCGAUCUGCUGCCCAUGCAGACGCUCUCGCUGAUCAACGAGAAUGGCAGCAACAGCUUUAGCAUCGAUAGCGACUUAAAUGACGGCAUCGCCACUCUGCCUGUGGCUGUUUCGUUGAACAGCAAUACAACUUCCAUAACGAGCACUGACAUGCUGACCAAGAGCUUUGAGUCGAGCGUAGAGCUGACCCCGCUGGGUCACAGUAACAGCAACGGGGCCAAGCUAACCGAGCAUGGCCUCGAUUAACUUGGGCAAUUCAACUAACCACUUAUAGCCAAAUUCAAAUUUAUUAUAUUCGUUACCUCCUUGGUAUUAACUUACGAACAAACCAAACAGAAACUAUUUGGAGGCCUGUAAAAUGUAAUUCAGAUAUACUUAAAGAAGGAAGCAGAGAGAGGGACAGAGAUAGAGAGGGGUUAUUAUAUUUGUUGAUUAUUGUCACACUAAGUUGUUCGUAUUGUAAUCUAAUUGUCGCUAAAACAAAUUAAUGUACAUUACCAGUUUAUGUAAUUUUCGUUUUAGACCUAAGCACAGACAUACCCGUACUACACAAAUAUUUAUAUAUAUAUAUAUAUGAAUUCAUAUAUACAAAUAGCCAAGUUACCAUGUUGUCCAGCAAAUAUAUGCUAAACAAUAGCAUUUUAUAAUGAAUUUAAUAGUGCAACUAA